UGAGUAGAUCUACUCAUGUUAUAUUAUACUGCUGCAACACGUGAGCGGCUUUCAAAGUCCCCCCCUAUAUCAUCCAGGCCAGAUGUGAGCUCCCAGUUACAGACGACUCACUUUCAGAGCAGACUGUCACAUCUUGGAUCCAACACAACCGCAGACAUGAAUGCAAAAUACAUCUUGGCACUGGUCCUCGCUCUGCAGGUUUCCAUGAGCCUGUGUGUGGCUCCCACACCAUCGGCGGAGCUUGUUGCAAAGUAUGACUCCAUGAAGUCUGUGUUCUACAAGAGGCUGCUGAAUGCUUUCAGCAAGCUGCAGGUCGCCGCUGCCCCGAUGGUGCAGAAAGCCGGAGGCAGCGACCGUGGACAGGCCACAAAGGACUACGUUGAGGGUAUCCAGAGCAAGCCUGAGUUCCAGGCUUUCGUCAAGGUUGCAACUGGCCUGGGAGAGGAAGUCGGUCCUUUGGUGGACAAGGCUCGCACAUCACUGCUGGGUCUGUACGGACAAUACGUGCGCCCCCAUGUCGGCACCCAACUGAGCGAGGCCAUCGACCACAUUAAGGUCUACCUGGACAAAUUCCUGCCCGCCGAAUAAAGAAGACCAACUGGAGCAAGGCACCUGUCAGUAUUAGAUCAUAGAUCAUAGACACUACACCAGUAUAGCCUAAGAAAAGUGAUGCACGAUCCAAAUACAAUCCUUUGCCUCUUUCCAAAUAAUACGGUUUGCCAAAUAAUGCAGAGUUAAAAGCAAGUUGAACACCACCUAUGCAAAUUGUGCAUGUACAGUAUUAAGUGUUUUAUACACUAACCAACGUCUCUGUGUGAUUGUGUUUGUACAUGUGUGAGUGUGUUCAAUAAAAUGGAAAAAUGGAAACUAUUGGA